UUUCGGCGUAUUCACUGGUACCCGAUCAUAUUCGAUGAGCUCAGUCCAGCCGAACAGAAUGAGGGGUUCGCUUGUGAGGUUUCCGAACCGGGGGAAGUAUGCGUCUGGCAUCGUGAUUUUCCCGACUCUAUCAUGGAUGGGCCCCACGAGGAAAGAGACGGGCGAUUUGUGGUCUCGUUCGAUGGAAUUCUACGCGGACGAGAUUCCGCCACGGUUUUUUGUAUCAUUGGAUCUCCCAAUGCCCUGUACAACGUUUCAGUCGUUGUGUUCCAAUCCAGGCUGGCAGUUUCUCAUUCGGAGUAUGCCAAUCGCUCAUUGGAUCGGACGUGCAUGCAAACACUGAUCGUGCUAUCCCAGUUGCGCGACAGAUUUCAUCCUACCGUUCCGGGCAUUUUCGAGUUCUGCAAUCCACCCGCGACUGCACCAAUCUGUCCGUGGCCGGUGAUCUUCACUCCCAUGAACGAGACUGUGCAACGGAUUAAUUGUGCGGCUCGAGGUAGUCCUGUGCCCACCGUGUCCAUUCUGUGGAAUGGGUGCAUACUGACCGAAAACAGUGGUGCAAUUCAUGGGAUCUCCGUGCAUGGUUACACGGCCGAAUUGCGUGUCCAGGAACUCUUCCCGAGGUCUUCCAAUUCCGAAAAUGCCGGUCUGCUGACUUGCAUUGCCCAAGCAGGUGAAUAUGAACUCACCAGACACUAUCUUUUGUAUUCCGGUUCCAGUAACAACGGUCUGUGCGCUUCCGCAGUCAAAGAGAACUCAUUAUUAUGCAAUCAGAGUGAGUAA